CUAAUUAAGUGGAUGAUUAUGGAUUUAUAAGUAAGAAAUUCGUCUUCAUUGGUAUGAGGUCUUUUUAAGAAGCUAAAGGCAAAACCAGGAGAGUUUUCGCUCAAAGUGGACAAUAUCAUACUAUUGUGGAGUUGUGGUUCAUAACACCAAACACCCAUUUUUCCAUGUCAUUUGCUUUAUUUCUCGAGAAAAUAUCAAACUUUCCCGAGAAAAAAAAAAAUCUCCUUUUUAAUGACUGCCAGCAAAAUUUUCUCGGAAACCAAACACAAAGACAAAAGCAAAACAUCUAGACAAAGAUAUUCAAAAUCCCACGAAAAAAAUGGUUUUUUUUUUUUUUUGUACUCUCAACGGUUCUCUAUUUUUCUCCAACAUAACAGCCAUAGCCUCCGAAAAUGGCGGCUUCCACUUUCCACUUCGUCACUAACCGUCAAACCUACAAAGAACAGUUAAAAAAACAUCAGACAAUUCUUCAUGUCUUUUCUCAAACUUCCUAAAAACUCAAUCUUAAUAUCUCAGAAUCAUCAAUGGCGGCCAUGUCUGCAAAUUUCAUCUUGUUCCUCUCAACAAUGGCGGCUUGUUCUUCUGUUAUUUUCUCUGCUUCUGUCAUUGAAGAUCUUAACACCUUACACCCACCUUCAGAUUUCAACUCUACAAUCUCCAAAAACUGUCUUUUGAACCCUUCUCUUCGUUACUGCUCUACUUCUCCAAUGAAUCUCAUUGAAAUCUUCAAGUCCUCCAUUGUUGCUAGCCAUCUUUGCAACGAUUCCCGCAACCCCAAUUGUGUCGAGUCGUUUCCGAAAAUUGAUCUUCGUAGUCGCCCCAAUAUUGCUCCUUUGUAUUUGUCGUUUCACUUCUUUUGGAAGUACUGUCCUCUGAGUAUCCUCUCCAUUGAUCUGUCUAACAAUUCUUUGAAGGGUAGUUUCCCUAUGGACGUUUUGGAAUGUAAACAAAUAGAGGCUCUUGAUCUUAGUCGAAAUGAUCUCGUUGGCGAAGUCCCGUUUCGGAUUUUCUCUGAUCUUACUAACCUGACUACUCUAAAUCUGUCUUACAAUCAGUUCUCUGAAAGUAGGAUCUCUGAUUCAGAGUUGUUCUUUAAACGGUUUAAUUCGUCGAGUUUUAUAAGUUCGGGUCUUCUUCCGGAUCAUAGGAAGUAUAGAAUGAAGGUUGUGAUUCUGUUGAUUGUGUUUCCCAUUCUUGUGAUUGUGUUAGUGUGGUUCUUGGGGUGGCUUUGCUUCCACAGACCUGAUUUCUUACCAAGGAUGUUAAGGAGGAAGCACAAGUUCACGCCGGCGAUGCUCGGGGCAGCAACCGACGGAUUUUCGGAGAAGAAUUUGAUAGUGAAGUGUGAGGGAGUUGAUAUUUACAGUGGAGUUCUAAGAGGUGGGACUGAAGUGAGGAUUGAAAUUUACAGGAGUGGGAAUUCAAGGGAGAGUAGGAAUGAGUUUAUUGAAGAAUGCAAGAUCUUUACCCAAUUAUCCCAUAAAAACUUGGUGAAGGUGCUCGGUUGGUGUCACAACCGACGAAUGAGAGCCCUCGUGAUCGAGGCAUCGGAGGGAGAGAGUGUCGACAUGUGGCUGUCGAGGUCGCGUCCACCAUGGAAACCGAGACUGAAAGUAGCCAAAGGAGUGUUAGAAGGUAUGCUUUAUUUGCAGGAACAAUGGCCUGCUGUUGAUUAUGAUCUCAGGACAGACAGCCUCUUGUUGUCCAGAAAGCUAGUGCCAUUGAUUUCAAGGUUCAAAUUGGGUCGUCAAAAUUGCAGCUCAAGAAGUAAGUCAAUCUAAACGAAACUCUACACAUGGUUUUAAAUACUACGAUCGAAUCAUUCGGAAAGAUUAAUAGUACCGAACUCCCGAAAUCACUAUUCACAAUAACUAAACAAUUAUCUAAAUAUGUUUUUCAUGAAAUCUAGCAUUAAUGCAACUAAGAAAACUAACAUGAUAAUUGACGUAUCAGAUAUCUACAAGUUCGGCGUGUUCUGGUUCGAAAUGAUAGUGAAUAGGCAGCUACGGGACGAGAUCAAGCGAGAUGAAUCUAGUUUCAUUAGAAACAUAAAAGCACAGAUUUCCAAGAAUUUGCAGACAGUGAUCAAUGAAUGUAUAGAACUACAGAGAGAAAGCAUGGUGGAUCAAGCAAAGACAGCAAUGAACCUGGCAUUGAUGUGUACAGAUCAAUCACAUGGACAUCAGCCAAAUUUGAAAUACAUAUAUGACACUGUAACUAGAUUAUCAAGUAAUCAAAAGAUGCAGGAAACUGAGAAAAUUAGGCACAAGAGGAUUCUAUCAAGAAAUUAAGAAGGUAUGUUUAUGUUGUCAAUAACUACAAAGAACUCUGAAAUCUAUUCAAGUGGUUCUUGCCUCGUUUUCGAUAUUCAAGUCACUUCGUAUUUGUUAAACGUGUUACAUAAUCAUGCAAUCAUAGCAGCAGAUUAGACCACCAGAAAUUUAUGACAAAUGUAAAACUAGAGAGAAGUUCAUGUUACCAAGGAAUUUCCUGACCAUCCCAA